GGAAACAACCACCAAUAUCAUCACUCUCCUUUUGAGACUCAUCAAACCGUUCACAAGAAAAAGCUACACUUUUUGUCUGUUCAAAGCCUGCACUUUUUAUCCAUUGAAUAGAAGGAGAUACUCUUCUGUUGGCUCAUUGUUUAUUUCAUAAGCCUUUGAACAUUCUUGGCAUCUUUCAGAGCUGAAAUCUUGGUUUAAUCCUUGAGAUCCAUGAUUUAUCUCAUGAUCUGAAGUUGACAAGACUAUCUUUUAUUUUGAGUAAUCAUGGCAUGCUCCUUGAAGAGUGUUUUCUGUGUUCCUGAAUUGAUGAAUGAGAGCAUGGUUUUGGGGCUUUGUCCCUCAAGACAUGGCAAAGCAAAAUCAAGGACUACUUGUUCUGUUUCGAGUACUGGUUUCAUGGGAAAAUCCAUUGCUCUUGCAAAUGAAAAAGGCUCUGGGUAUUGCAGUUCUAGAACCUCUAGAAAUGCCCCUAUCAUGGCACAGUCAUCAAUUUGCAUUAGCAGAACUUUGAAGUGGUGGAAAAAGAACCUUAAGCCUAAUAUGAUUGAGAUCCAUUCAGCGCAAGAGCUUGUGAGUUCUUUGCUCAACGCUGGUGAUUCAUUGGUUGUGGUGGAUUUCUAUUCACCUGGCUGUGGUGGCUGCAAAGCACUCCACCCAAAGAUCUGUCAAAUUGCUGAACUGUACCCAACAGCAAUCUUUCUGAAAGUAAAUUACGAGGAGCUGAAAACUAUGUGUCAAAGUCUGCACAUUCAUGUUUUACCAUUCUUCAGAUUCUACAGAGGAGCUGAGGGUCGAGUUUGUAGCUUCAGCUGUACCAAUGCAACUAUCAAGAAAUUUAAAGAUGCCUUAGCAAAGCAUGGGAGUGAACGCUGUAGUUUAGGCCCUGCAAAAGGCUUAGAUGAUUCAGAGUUGAAAGAUUUGGCUUCAAUAGGUGAAAUAUCAUCAGUAAAUUCACCAUUACUAUAUCCAAUGAAAGGGAAAUUGUUGGAGGAUUUGGUUCUAGAAAACCAUGAUUUUUCUGGUGCUUGGAACAUGGCAAGUAAUCAUGCAUUGAAUGGUUUAUAAAUUAUAAGCUAUAGCAAAUAGGGUAUUUUUCUCACCA